AUGUGCCGGCGAGUCGAGUCGGUCCUCAAAGCACUAUGGCAGGAGGCCAGAUUGCAACCAAAUGAUCCAGUGUUUGUAUCAGCAACCUGCACCGAUGGUGAGGAAGGAACUCACCUUGGGAUGUGGGCAAGCCAGCAGCGCUAUUUCAAAACAACAGGGAAACUAUCUCCAGAGCGGAUUGCAAAGCUCAAUGCCAUUGGCUUUGGAUGGGACCACCAUACAUCCUACUAUCCCAAAUCCUAUGCCAAAAAGCGCAAAAGAGAUGAGAUCGAAACUCCAACAGAACCGAAUCCAGCUACAAAGAAACCGAAUCCAGCAGCUACCAAGAAAAAGCGACAAUACAAGUAUGGCACUGUAGAGAUUCCAGGAUACAAUGACCUCACCAACAAGCACAAGAAGUCAACUUCAGCUCAGAUAGAUUUCUGCUUGACUCUCCGGGACUACACUAACAUGACAACAACCGUUUUUACAGGAGCCGCAAAGGGGUUUGUAUCCAAGAAAUUGAAACCUAUUCUGAAGUGUUUUGAUAGCUGUUGCGAUGGCGACAGGGCGAAAUUCAUCCAGGAGUACCCAGGACAACUGAGAAUGGAUUCCUUUGGUCCCAAGAAGUGCAAGCACAUCCAGGCAAGCACACGGAGCCAGCGGAGCGUGGAAUUGAGUUGA